AGGGUCUGGCUUCCUCUUACCUCAUAUCAUCUCCCCCUGACUUCCCAACAGCACGGGAGGAGGGAGAGGGAGCAGGACCUUAUAACAAAAGGAAAGGCAGCAGCUGAAACUUCCUGCAAAGACACAGGGAGAGAGAGAGACAGGAGAGGCAGAGGAGGACGAAAGGAACAGGGGAAGCUAAAGGCAGAGAUAUCUGAGAGACAGACACCAGCACACACAGCAGAUCCAGUUGGAGAGAGGGGAGAAGCUCAUACAAAGGACAAGAGGAAGAAUAGGGGAAGGAUGGAGUGUGAAAGGGUCUCCACCUCAGUCGUGAGAAGGAAUUCCAGCAAGAAAAGCCUGCAGAAUCUACUAAGACUAACCACCCAGUGGAGUGUGGACGAUGAGGAGGAGGCAGCCCGAGAGCGUCGCAGGAGGGAACGGGAGAGACAGCAACAGGAUGAGAGUGAGGAUGGAGAUACAGGAGAGAGCGUGACAGACGGAACCUGCACCCAGGCUGAUGACUGUGUGGGGUUAAAGCCUCGGGGUCCCAUGGAAUGUGAGGAAGAUGAAGGAUUUAGUGACUGGUCCCAACGGCAGGAGCAGAAGAAACUGCAGGGAGCAUUCCAGGCCACUGCGGAGACCGGUGAAGCCAGGGCAGCGGAAGAGUUGGGAAGUGUUUCCCCAAAAGUUGGAGAAGAGGAGAGUGAGGAAGCACCAAUAUCAAGAGAGGAAGACGAGGAGGAUGAAGGCACAUCCCGUUAUGAAGCGACAGAGCUGAGUGACGACCCCUGCAACUGUGACCCUGAGCCCUGCAAGCAAGACGAGCAGUCUGUCUCCAGCCACCAGUGGGCAACAAGUAAUUCAGAGUCACACCUAGAUGAAGAGAAGUUGGAGGAUGAGCCUACAAGCCCAGAGGUUCCAGAAGAGACCCAUGACAAUGUGGAAGAAACUGGUUAUUAUUCCUCUAGACAGGAGAUUCAGGACCAUUCAGAGACACCCAGGGAGAAGUGGGAGGCAGACGUGGAAACGGAUCGUAGACUCUCAGUGAGCAGUGACGGAGAGAGUGAAGGAACCAUCACAACAACUGUAAAGAUAACUGAAAGGACAGAGUGCCUGAACCGUUCCAUCCAGAAGAGCAACAGCAUAAAGAAGAGCGAACCCCUUCUUCCAAUAAGCAAGAUUGACGAUCGUCUGGAACAAUACACGCACGCCAUAGAGACAUCCGGUAAGCAGCCCAAACUGACUCGGACACCGUCUUUAGAACUUCUGAGCCCCACAGAAGUUGCAGUCAAGAAGAACCGCUGGGAGGCUGGAGAUGUGACCAUGGCAUCCAAAACAUCACCCUGCAAGGAUACAGAAGGAAUCGCCAUCGGUGUGACAGAAAUGAUUAGUCAGUGGGGCAAAGAGAAAUCAGAAGCAGACGGUGCUCAGUCACCUUGUAAGCCAACGGAGGUGAGACCCGGGGAUGUGCUGAGUAAGAAAAAUCUUUGGGAGCAGAGUAGCAAAUCGGAGCAAAGUGGGAAGAAUCUGAGCGCUAGUAAGAAAUACAAGUUUGUUCUAUCUGGACACGGCAAAUACGAGAAGGUUUACAUGGAGGAUCCUUGAGAAGGGCAUUGAAGCACAUCGAGGGAACCAGGCUUGCCCUAGCGAAGGAACCUGUUUGGAAUCAUCAAGAAAUACACCAGAAAACUGUGGGACAAGACCACCUGCUGCCAUAAGAGGGAUCAUGAAACCAUUUUGCCUUAAAGGGAAUGUCAACCUCAAGAUAACUUUGCCUUGUCUAAUAAUGUUUAGCUUCUACUGCCUCUAUUCUUGUUGACCAGCGGAGCUGCAGUCUUUUCAUUAAGGACCAUGAAUGAGACAGUGCUUAUUGUACAUCGUACAGCUCUCUCGAGGGAAACAAAGCUUAUUGGCCGUCUCUCUAACCAUUCACGAGCAGCUCUGAAUCCAAAAUGGCUCUCUGCUUAGAAGACAACCCCCUCUUUUCCAUUACUAAGUCCUAACUUGUUUUUGGGUUCCUAUCCCUGAUCUAUGUUUUGUCUUAACUGCUCUGCCAUUCCAUUCAGCAUAAACCAGGGGCAAUUAUAUCAGGGCUAUAAGCUUAUUUAGCUCUGAAUGUAUCCAUGCUGCUUUGAUAUAUGUGCCCCUGGCUACUUAGAACUGUGAUACUGAUUAACCUCGCCCUCUGUCUUUAAUGCAUUCCAGCUGCACAUUGAUGUCAUGUACAUUGAAGCAUGGCCGCUCCCUCUGUUACGCCAAGUCUUACUUUUUUUACUGUCUUUUUUUAUGCUUUUUAAAUAAAUAUCUGUUACAAUA